AUGGCAGAGACAUUUUCGGAAGCUGGAAAAGUUUUACGAAUUGGUGCAUCAUUAUUUGGUGGUUUAUUUGCGUUCACUGUUGCCACGGACAAUGUAGAAGUAGCAAAGGAGGUGUGUGGAACAGCGAAAACGCUAGGACAAGGACUGGGACAAGGACUAGGAGCAGGACUGGGAAUAGGAUUAGGUCUGGGAGCUGUGUAUGUGGCUUAUAAUUCAUUAAAACCAAUAAUCGAAGGUGCAGUUGAAAGAGGUGUUGGUGGCGAACGUGAUGAUCAGGACGUUCGUGGCAUUCGACCAGGAAGUUUGCAUUUUGAGUUACAUUGUUUCACAGACGAAAGGUUUCUGGAAGUCUUGGCGGAUUACGAAUCAGGAAGGAUGAAGGAACGCUUGCAGGAAGAACUUUCUCUGGUUGGAAUUAAAGUGGAGGGACUGAAGGUGAAGAUUGAAAACAUGGAGGAGGUGAAUGAAAAAAAGGAAGCUAUAAACUUGAGAUCUCAUAUCAACAAGGAUCUUGGCGAGAUGGUAAAACAUAUGGAUGUUGAUGGUGAUGCAAGUGAUGAAAUAAAAAGUAAUCAGAGAAAAACAGAUGAUACCGACACGUGUACGACUGAAUGUCACUACGACCUUGAAGAUCAUCCUGAAAUAGCUCAAAGGUACUUCAACAUUGGUUACAUUCAAUAUCACAUGAAAGAUUAUCAGUCAGCAUUAGAAUCGCAUAUGAAAGCUCUCAAAAUCAGAUUAAAGGUAUACGGAGAAAAUGACCCUGCAACAGCUGACAGUUAUUACAGCAUUGGAGCCGUGGAACAGGACAGGGGGGAUUACAAGUCUGCAUUAGAGUAUUAUCAAAGAGCUCUUGAAAUUAGUUUAAAACUAUAUGGCAAAGAUCAUUGUGACACAGCCGACACAUAUUACAGCAUCGGAAUCACACAACAUGCGAUGCAUGACUACCAGGCAUCAAUAGAAUCAAAUAGAAAAGCUCUAAAUAUCAGAUUAAGAUUACAUGGGGAAGGCCAUCCCUCGACAGCUGAUAGUUACUACUGCAUUGGAAUCGCGCAGCAUGAGAUGAAAGAUUACAAAUCAGCGUUAGAAUCCCAUAAAAAAGCUCUUGAAAUAAGAUUGAAAGUGUAUGGAGAUGAUGACCUUGCAACAGCCGACAGUUAUUACAACAUUGGAUACGCACAACAUGAUAUGAAAGAUUAUAUGUCAGCAUUGAGUCAAACGAAAAGCUCUUGA